AUGGAAACAAGGCCUAAUAUUUCUUGCGUGAAGUCUCUCAAAUUCUGCUGCCUUCUUGUUCUGGGCCUCGUCUUUCUCAUCAACCCUGCUGCAUCGGCGAGCUAUGCUGAUUAUUCCCACACAACAUGCAACGGUUCGAUUGCAGAGUGCAGCGAGGAAAGAGAGCAGAUGAUGGAGUCGGAUAUAAGUAGAAGGUUUCUUGCACAGCAGAAAUCCAUAUCAUAUGGAGCUCUGAAGCCGGACCAACCAGCCUGCGGCGGCGGAGCUAGAGGUCAAGCUUAUAGUAGAAAUGGAGGCUGUCUUCCUCCCCCAUCUAACCCUCCAACUCGAGGGUGCUCUGCAUAUUAUCGUUGUCGGGGGGCGCGGGCGGCUCCUGAUUUAAACUUCAUAUAUGCUAUCUCAUGA